GGUUUGACCCGCGUCAGCCAGGAGAAAAUCGAAUCAGUCAGUGUACCACUCUUCCAGGCGCCAUGCAGCAUCAGCAACUGAACGUCAAGGCGGCCUGCCUUCCUGCCUGUUAAGGACCUGCUCUCUCCCAGGCCAGGGUCCCCGCCUCUGCGAAGCGCUUCUAGAGAGGGGGAGCCACGACCACCACCCAGGCCCCGGCUGCCGCGGGACCUAGAGGGGCGUUCCGGCCCCCCUGGACCAGCAGGGGCUUCAUUCUAGAGUCACUGGCGCGUGGCUGCGCUUUUCUUCCGCGUUGGUAGGUGAAACCCCAGUGGCUUCAUUGGCUCCUUGAUUUAAACCACGCCCGGCUUUCUGCCCGCUUUGCUGUUGCUGCGGGGCCGCCCAGCCCCGCGCGUCCCAGCCCCGCUCGCAGGGAGCCCGGGGCCGCUGCUGCCUUUGUGUGGAUGCGGCGCGUGUCCUCUCUUCUCUUCCAGAGAUGGCUAACAGGGGCCCGAGCUACGGCUUAAGCCGAGAGGUGCAGGAGAAGAUCGAGCAGAAGUAUGACGCGGACCUGGAGAACAAGCUGGUGGACUGGAUCAUCCUGCAGUGCGCCGAGGACAUAGAGCACCCGCCCCCCGGCCGAGCCCAUUUUCAGAAAUGGUUAAUGGACGGGACGGUCCUAUGCAAGCUGAUAAACAGUUUAUACCCACCAGGACAGGAGCCCAUUCCCAAGAUCUCUGAGUCAAAGAUGGCUUUUAAGCAGAUGGAGCAAAUCUCCCAGUUCCUAAAAGCUGCAGAGAUCUACGGCGUCAGGACCACUGACAUUUUUCAGACAGUGGAUCUAUGGGAAGGGAAGGACAUGGCGGCCGUGCAGAGGACCCUGAUGGCUCUCGGCAGUGUUGCGGUCACCAAGGAUGACGGCUGUUACAGGGGAGAGCCAUCCUGGUUUCACAGGAAAGCUCAGCAGAAUCGGAGAGGAUUUUCAGAGGAGCAGCUUCGCCAAGGACAGAACGUCAUCGGCCUGCAGAUGGGCAGCAACAAGGGGGCCUCCCAGGCGGGCAUGACGGGGUACGGGAUGCCCAGGCAGAUCAUGUGACAUGCCGCCUCCCACCUCCCAGGAGAGAGGACGAAUGUUCCACACCACGGUCUCUGUGAUAAAGAAAUAGUUAGUCACCUUCUGACCUUCUCCUCUUUCUCAAAGCCUCCCGUUUGUGGUUUUUGCAAAAGUGCUGCAUUUCCGCUGCGAACCCGCGUUGCCCACUGCUGCCACCUUGCGUUCGUUUAGAACUAUGCAAAGACUCCGCCUCCUCUUCCUGAGCUCCUCCUUGGCCCCAAAGUCACGGCCUUUUGUCGGAUUAUUUAUUUAUUUAUUUGCCAAAAAUGCCCCCUCCUCAACGUAUUAGAACACACCUAAUAAACAAAUUAGUCUUGUGGCUUCAAA